AUGGAACAAGGACAGGAUAGAGUUAACCUCACCAUCAACAUCCCGUGGCAAAUCUGGAAAGCCAGAAACAAAAAAGUUUUUGAAUAUGCAAACCAGGAACCAUUCAAAACUUUACGAAAAGCACAAGCUGAGUGGUUAGAGUUUGACCAAGAGAGAGAGCCAGAACAGGAGGGGAUUACAGGUCAGAUCAAUACCGAACUCCAUUCAAGAAGGGAGAUGCCAAGGGAAGAAGUGGUAAGAUUGUAUACGGAUGCAGCCAUAUCAGCCAAAAGGAUCAGGACUGCACAAGGGAUAAUAACAAGGAACUGGAAAGGAAUGCUACUGAGAGCUAAAGGAAUUGUCACCCAGGGAAAGGGAGCAACAAGUAAAGAAGAAGCACUUGCCAUAAGGAAUGCAUUACUGAUGGCCAAACAAAUUGGAUGGACAAAAAUUAUAGUCCAUACAGAUUGCAAAUCAGUAGUUGAGUAA